AUGACAUCAAAAAACUUAUUUUCAUCAGAAGUAAAAUUAUUUUUCAAUUUGAAAAAAACAUUUCAACCAAUUAUAAAUGUGUUCUCUUCUAUUCAAUCAAAACAUCAGACCUGUUCAAAUAAUUCAUGGAUGAAAUUUACAAAAUAUUCAGAUGUUAUUGGUCAUAUACACUUCAGUCUUGAAUAUAUUUACACUUUAAAAAAAUUGAAUGUUAUAAUCAGUCAUUUGACUGGUGUCAGUAAUCUUGGAAAAAUUAAUAAGUUAUUUCCAAGUCAAAUCCAAACAAUAUUCAUUAUUGUUUUACAAUUAAGGCAAAGAAUAGACUUUUCAUUAAAUAAAAAAGAAUUUAAUAUAGAAAAUGAUGAUUUGCAUAGAAGUUAUUUUACAACACCAGUUCAGACAUUUGCAAAUCCAUGCUUUGACCAAUUAUUUGUUUUUGAUAUUCCCUUUAAUGAAUUAAAACACAGUGAAUUAGUAUUUUCAGUAUUAUAUUCAGCAUCAAAUGAUCAAAACAUUGUAUACAGUGACACUGAAGAACCAUAUGAUAUUAGUAAAACAUUCAAUCUACUAUCUUCUCUUUGCUGUCAUCAGUCUAGUCAAAAAUCAUCACAAUCAGGAAAAAUUGCAGGUGGGAUGCUAUGUAUUGGUGAAGCAAUUUAUAGGAUAGAUCAUGAAAAAUUAAUUAAUUACCCAAAAGAGUUAAUACAUAUAUGGCAAGAAUUCUAUCCACCAUUAAAUUCCUCUGAUAAAUCUAUCAUUGAAAAGAAACCAAAUUCGCUAAGAAACGAUGGAAAAUUUAACAGAGAAGCUACAGAACUUAUUUUUCGUGCCACUUAUUGUUUGAACAAUAUAUAUUCGCAAUCUGUAACAAGUCAACCAAUCAAAAUCACCGAAUUGGGAAGUUAUAAAAUUAAAAAAAUCAAUAAAAUAGAAAAUGGUUAUAUUUUAGAUCAUAUCAAAAUACCAUCUGAUGAAUAUUUAACAUUGAAUAUAGAAAUAAAUGAGCUGAUAAAUUAUAGUCAAAAUAUUCAAAUUGUGUUCGAAAUAUUCAUUCAAACAAAUUUUUCGGGUCAAAUACUUUGUUUAACAAGAAUUGUAUUAAGUUCAACCAAAGUGAAUAAUAAUUAUGAUAAAAAUCACGAAUCAACUUCAUUACAAUAUUCUGAUUUAAUUAGAGAAUUACACAGACUAAAAGAAAAUAAUUCAUUUAGUUCAACACAAAAAAUAACAUACUGGCAUCAGAUAAACAGAACAUAG